AUGGCCGAGGAGGGCCAAAAGGUGAGCUUGCAUGUGUAUGACUUAAGCCAAGGACUAGCUAUGCAGGUCUCAACUUCCCUUUUGGGGAAGCCUAUCGAAGGAAUAUGGCACACUGGAAUAGUUCUAUACGGUAACGAAUAUUAUUUUGGAGACGGGAUACAACAAACUCCUGUUGGAACUACACCUUAUGGGACUCCGCUAAAAGUGAUUGAUCUUGGUGUCACCAAGCUUACAAAGGAUGAGUUUGAUGCAUAUUUAAAAGAGAUAGGUCCACGAUAUACUCAUGAAACUUACAAUAUACUGAAGCAUAAUUGCAACUGUUUUAGCAAUGAAGUUGCACAACAUGUGGCCGGAACCACCAUCCCUGAGUACAUUCUCAACCUCCCUAAUGAAGUGCUUAGUAGUCCACUGGCUCCUCUUAUAAUGCCACUGAUACAAAAUCUGGAGGCUACAUUGAGGGAUGGUGAUGUUCCACAAGGACUUCAGUUCCAAGCACCUAUCGGAUCAGCAGAAAGCAGCAAUAGUGACGGCUCUGCAACGGCAAACACUAUUCAACCGAUGGUGGAUCCUCUUGGAAAUGCUAGAAGCGUGGUGCAGGAAGAGAUCGCCAAGGAGUUUGCUGCGCUCAGGGCAUCGGGGACGAUGAGCCCGAGUGAGGCUGCAGCUCUUGCAACCAAGAAUGUGAUGCAGAAACAUGGCUUCUUGAAUCCUACCUAAAACUUGGUUUGUUUACUGCUGUCUUUUGGGAAAGUAUUAAGAAAAUUUGUCCAGCUUUUGUG